GUAUUGCAUUAUCUUUUUGUAAAUUUUUGAGUUAUUGAGGUAAAUGUCAGAUUUCACGCAUGAAAUACCUCUCAUGUUUUUCUGUAUUUCAUAACUUAAAUUUCCAUGUAAAUUUCAUUAAAUUCUGUUCAGUAAUAAGAAAGUUGAUAUUUUAUAAACUUCAGUAAUUCGUGUUUUUAUCCCCAAAACCACUAUAAUGGGCCUCAAAUUGUCAAUUUAAAUCCGCGCCAAAGUAGUUAGAUUCCCCGGCUAUAUCGUGAAUCCCGUGGAAACACAAAUAGUCGGAGUCCACGGCUUAGCCGUGAAUCCCAUGAAAUUUAGUAUUUGGCGGGACAUUAUCCUUUAAAUAGACUGGACUAGAUAUGCCUUGCGCACACCACCUUCCGACUUUAUAGACGAAUCUAUGUCUGAAUUAUUUUCUUGCUAGAAAUUUAUGCUCGAUCGAGCUUCUUCCGCCAGACGAUUUUACCUGGUGAUGUCAUAACCCGGAAGUACAAUGCCCGAGGUUCACUUGUCUUCACUCGCCUGGAUGUGAUUUUCCCAGCGCAGAGCUUUCGUCCCAUGGUUGUGCCGUAAACCGCAAAGACGAUGAUUUUUGUUAUCCUCUGAAGUCAGCUCAGGGAUGCAAUCACCUACCACCAUAGGGAGCCAACACGGAAUCAACGUAUUCACGGUUUAAAGGGACUGAAUUUAGAAGCUAGGUUUUGUUUGUGCUACUUAAAGUUCACAAUUACAUUAAAGACCUGUGUCACGUCAGAUUAGAAUGGACUAUAAGAACUUUUGUAUCUAGAGAUACUGAACUUUCUUUUUUUUUUUUCUUAUAAUCAGUUUUUUUUUUUUGUUUUUUUUUUCUUCAUAUCAUCUAUUCAUUGUAAAUAAUCAUCUUUUGUAAAUAAAUUUGUAAAUAUUGUAAAGGGUGUUGAUUUGUUCUGAUGGUUACUGUCGCCGGUACGGCCUUUCCUGUCACAAUGGUGUCAGAAGUGGGAUUGGUCGACCAGACACAGUAGCUAUUCGAACAUUAUUAACACCCAUUUAACUGCAGCAAUAAUCUGUUUUGUUCUAUUGGUACACAUAUAAUAGUUUUAUUCAUUUUUCAGAGUGACGUCUUACCUCAGACAAGACAAAACAGAUCCAUAGCUUCAGCUAACCAGCUUUAGUGGUCACAGACUGAUAGACAGUUGCAUACGACACUUGGAUUCUGGGGUGAGUUCGUUCCUUUUAUUUUUCUUUUGGGUUUAUUUUGUGUCACUCUAUGAUUAAGCCACCAUAUAUCUGUGCUGAGAGUGACCGCCCUUGACAAGGAGAGUUAUCCUACUCUUAAUUGUGCGUCGCCCUACUUCUCCCAGUGAUCCUAUUUUGUAUUAGUGUACUGUAUACAUACCCGAUACAGUAUUUUUUUUUUAAUUUGUGUGUGUUAGCAAGCUUGUUUACUUGCAUAUACUUUUAACCUACUCUUAUGUUUUAGUGCUACACUGUUGUGUUAUACCUAUACUUUAUCUUAGGAUAAAGCACUUUGGUUUAUUUUUGUUUUAUUUGUUACACUAAAGUGUUAACACCAGUUACAGUGGAUUGAUAUUUGAUAAGGCUAAGGUAUUGUUACAGCCUACUGUCACUGUACUUUGUUGAUUGUUGCCUAUGCAACCUUGAUUGACACAUAGUACUGUUGCGCAACUUAGUGUAUUAUUAUUUUAGUGAGGACGUUUGAUGUAGUAUAUACGUAGAGUAUAGUAUUUUGUUUUGGCUCCAGUGGUAACUGUAGAGCUUUAGUGUAAACUAGUGUAGUCUAGUAUUCCCUCACGAUUGUUUAUUUAGUGUCUCAGGUUGUUAUAGUAGCUGUAGUGCGUAGUGUUAUAUAGUGUUAACGUAGUGUAAUCAUGACUAGUGUAGUAGAGUUAACGAAGGUAGGAAAGGAGUUAGGUUAUGAAGGAGAGGAGUUACGUAACUUUGUUAAGGAAGAGCAGGCUAGGGAACGUGAUGAAAGACAUAGUAGAUUAGAAGCAGAGAAAGAUAGAUUAGAGUUAGAAGCUAGGUUGCAGAAGGAAAAGAUAGAAUAUGAAAAACAAAGUAGUUUAGAAGCAGAGAGAGAAAGAGAGAAGGAAAGGUUAGAAGCAGAUAGGGAAAGAUUAGAGUUAGAAGCUAGGUUGCAGAAAGAAAAGAUAGAAUAUGAACGACAAAGUAGUUUAGAGACAGAGAAGGAAAGAUUAGAGUUAGAAGCUAGAUUGCAGAAGGAAAAGAUAGAGUAUGAACGUAAGUUAGAAUUAGAUAAGUUAGAAUACGGACGUAAGUUAGAACAGGAUAAGUUAGAAAUGGAAAAGGAGAAGUUAGUGUUAGCUAGGAAGUUAGAAACAGAGAAGGAGGAAGCAGAAAGUAGGAAAUUAGAAACAGAGCAUAAGUUUAAGACAGACUUAGAAAAGAUGAGUAAGAAAAAGGUAAAGGUUAAGAUGACUCCCUUUGAUGAGAAAAUUGAUUCCAUGGAUGCGUACUUGAAUGUGUACGAAACGUACGCUGUUGCGCAGGAUUGGGAUAAAGAGAUAUGGUCACUUAACUUACCGUUCCUUCUAAAGGGUACGGCAAGAGAGGUUUUUGAUAGGCUUCCGUUGGAAGAUAGGAAGGAUUAUGAUAAACUGAAAGCCGCUUUGCUACGUCAGUUCGAACUCACUGACGAUGGCUAUAAGAAAAAGUUUAGAACUGAAAGGCCUCGGGAUAAUGAGACCUUUGUGAUGUUUCUAGCCAGAAUAAGUAGAUAUUUAGAUGGUUGGCUUAGACUGAGUAAGGUAGAGAAAACGUACGAAGGCUUAUUAGAUUUUAUACUUAGGGACCAAUUUUUAGAUGUAUGUAAUAGAGAGCUAUACCAGAAUUUGAGUAGUAAGAAGUUAGUUAAAGCUAAGGAUGUAGCAGAAGAUGCAGAUUUGUUUGCAAAGACUCGUGGAGGUCCCAAGUAUGUUGUGAAUCGAACCAAUAAGGACCGGAGCUAUAAACCAUAUGAAAUACCUCAGAGACAGUAUCCUAGUAGUCGUAAUGUAGGCACUAGUAAUAGAGGUAGUAGCAAUGUUGCUAAUAGAGGUAGAGGUUUUCAACCCUUUGGUGUACUGAAGUGUAAUAAGUGUGGUCGAAUAGGGCAUAGCUCAUAUUACUGUAGGAGUGGAAAGUACGGCGGUAAUAGUGCUAAUGCAGUAGCAGAGUUAGAAAUAGAGCAGGAACAGGAAAGUAGUAAAGGGGAGAAUAGAAAUAGUAAGGAAAAUAGAAAUAGAGGUAGAGGCCGUGACCGAUCUAGGAGUAGAGGUAGAGGAAGAAAUAGAGAUAGAGAUAGGAGUAAGUCAAGUAGGUCAGAGAGUGGAAAUAGUAUUAUAGAACUAAGUGAUGUAGAGGAGUUAGGUAUGCUUAGUGUAAGUACAUGUCCUACAAAACACGGUACUUGUAAUGGUAGGGAUGUAAUCGCUAUGCGAGAUACAGGUUGUACAUGUGUGAUAGUGAAACGGGACUUAGUAGAAGCAAGUCAGUUUUUAGAGAAAACCCGUAGAUGUAAGUACAUAGAUGGGAGUGAACAUAGGCUAGAUGUAGCUAGAAUAGAUAUUGAUUGUCCGUAUUUCAAGGGUACAGUAGAGGCGUUGGUUGUAGAUAAUCCUACCAAUGAUGUUAUAAUUGGUAAUGUAGAGGGAGCUGUAGAACCUCAGUUUAGUAGUUUAGCGUCAGCAGUAGAAACUAGGGCGCAAGCCAAAGUUAAGAAGCAAGUAAAGCUAAAAGUUCCGUCUCAGAUUUUAGAUGUAUCUAGAGAGGAAUUCUUAGAAAAGCAACAGAAAGAUAGCACGUUAGAUUUGUGUAGAAAGAAGGCUGAGGAAGGUACGAUUAAGCAGUGUAGAGGUAAAGGUUCAGUUAGGUUUGAGAUUAGGAAUAAAGUGUUAUAUAGAGAGUAUACCGCCCAGAAUUUAGACAGAAGUAGACAGUUGAUUGUACCUAAAUGUCUUAGAGAAACUGUGAUGAAAGUUGCACAUGAUUCGUUACUGUCAGGCCAUUUAGGUGUAAGGAAAACGAGUGAUAGGGUAUUAGGCGAAUUUUACUGGCCAGGAGUAAUGGCAGAGGUUAGGAGGUACUGUCAGUCGUGUAGUAUUUGUCAACGUACUAUAGCUAAGGGUAGAGUAAGUAAAGUUCCGUUAGGAAAAAUGCCUUUGAUUGAUACUCUGUUUAAGAGAGUUGCUGUCGACAUCGUUGGUCCGAUCGAACCUUUGACUGAUAGGAAAAACAGAUACAUUUUGACUAUGGUAGAUUAUGCUACUAGAUAUCCAGAAGCUAUAGCACUACCUAUUGAAACUGAGAGAGUAGCAGAGGCAUUAGUAGAUAUGUCCAGUAGAUUAGGAGUGCCAGAGGAAAUGCUUACCGAUUGUGGAUCGCAGUUUACGUCAGACAGAAGUAAGUCUAUACCAGAUAAGGGUAUAUUAAAUAAGGUUGGAGCAGCUAUUGUAGAGGAGGAUCAGAGAGAUUAUGACCGAUUAGAUCCGAAUGAAAGUAGUGAUGAGUUUUCGAGUAGAGUAGAAAAGGAUAUAGUUUUGUGUUCUAUAAAGCAGGGUACAGAAACGUACAAAGAUGUAGAGAUAAAUCCGGAGUUACCAGUAGAAUGUAAACAGGAAGUAGUAGAUUUGUUAGACAAUUUCUCACAUGUAUUGACAGAUAUUUAUUUUGUAUGUGUAUUUUUAUUGAUAUUUUUUAAGUUUAUCUCAAAUUUCGGCGCCAUUGCAGUUCCGCUCACAGAUUUGAACAAAAAAGGGUCAGCCAAAUCUUGUAGAUGUGAAACAGCUACGAACGUCAACAACACCGCUGCAGAAGAAAUUGACGGAGAGUAUUUGCUCAAGAUGGGUAAAAAUUUUAAUAAACCAACAUUGACUUUAAUAGGUAUGGCAAUAAGAAAUCUACACACUUGUGGAGAAUGGACGGCAUGGACAGCGUGCACAGCCAGUAGUCCUACUCACGUCGGGAUCAGAAGACGCACAAGGGAAUGUGGUGUUAAUAUGAAGAUAAAUGGGGAAAGUAAAAUGAAAACUGAGAAGGAUCUUCACGAGAAAGAAUUAUUCAAACUAUUUACAUAUUUUAUACAUAAAAACUGCAUCAUAUACGAAAACAUACAAUGUCCAGUAUAA